AUGUGCUGGUUGUUUGAAUAUAUAAGGUUGGUGAGGGUUGCGACUUUCUGGGAUGUUUGGAGGGAUGAUGAGGUGUGGUGGAGGUAUUGGGGAAUUGAGGGAUCUGGCGAUGGACCUGACGAGAUGGAUAUGAACGAGUCUGACAAAUUUAAUGCAUCUGGUGAAUCUGAAAACGAAUCCUGGUUGGAUGUAUACGUGUCAUACGCCGAAGAAUGGGCCGACUGGCGAUCUCAGGUCAAGAUGUGCACAAAGGAAACCCUGGAAUUUCCGAAGGAUCACUUAUACAAGGAAAACAACACAUCCUCCAGUGUUGCAAGCUUUUGUGAUAGUUUGCUGCGGAAAUCCCGACACUUGCCCUUUCCGUUUUCGGUCCGACUUCCCGCCGCUUUUGGCUCCCUGAGCCGCCCGGAGCGUACCCGGAGCAAGGUGAUGCGUGCCCGGAGUGCUCAGGGAACCAUGCCGGAGUGA